AAGGUAAAAGGAAGAAUUGGGCUCCAUUUUGAUAUGCAGCGAGUGAGACAGCAGAGCUCAUUGCAGCACUCGUUUCCUCGGCUGGGGCCCAGGCUGCCACCAUGAAAUGGGUUCCGGAUUCCUUUAUGUCUCAUUUCCGAAGUUAGGCCAGAAUGAAAAUGAUGGAUUAAAUUCGCAUAGUUUAGAUGCUAUAAAAUAUGUCUAUAUACUCGUAUGAUAUAUGGACAACCACAUAACAACAAAAGGCUAUAGCAUAAUGCGUAGACCACCAGACCAAAACCAUUAUCAAAAUCAAACCCAUCCAAUUUCUUUGUUUUUUAUGAAAUAAAAUAAAACAAUGAGAAAUGAUGAAGUAUGAAGCAAUAGAAACAUCAUGAAAAUGCUUUAAAAAAUUUGAUACACCUUUUGAUAUCUGAGAACUGCAAGAAUUUGACCCACAACCUUGUUUGAACUCUUCUCUGUUCAUUAUCCAAUUAUGCCUUGCUUCUGCUUCACAAAUAAAUCUGGUAACAGAAUCUGGUCCUUCUUUGCCAAGAGUCCAAGCAGCAAGUCUCCUGAAGUUGCUAUUAUCCCAAGUGUAAAUGGAGUGGCCAAAAGCUUGUCCACUGCUAAAAUCACCAACGGCAGAGGUGAGAUUGCUUAUUUUUCUGCCUCCAAAUUCAACUGUGACAAGUUCCCAGAUCAUCUGAAAUCCUGCUUUGAGUAUUGCUGCAUCGUUUCCAGGAGAAACUCUGUUGAGAAGGGAAGAUUAGUUCGGCUUUUGCUGGCUGAAGGUCUCAUACCAGAAAAAACAGGAGAAAUCAUGGAGGAUAGAGCAGACAACAUUAUUGAUGAGUUACUUGUCUUAGGAGUGCUUCAAAAAUCAAGUGACAGAAAUGGGCAACAAAUUUCCAGCACGUCUCAAGAAUUCUGUCUUGUUGAAGCUGAUGAACAAGAUUUUGUUGCCAAGGCUGCAAAUUUACCUGCGCAUGCAAUAAUAGAAGAUGAUGGAAAGAACAUCCCUCCAAGCUUUAAGAGCCUUCAAAUUCAAUCACUAUUUGUGAUCACUGCACAACGCCGAGGUUUAGUUAAUCAAGGCCUUUCUCGGGUUUAUGUAGAAACACUCUGUGGUUUGCAAUCUCUAUCAUUGUUGGAUUUGGAUGGCGUAGUAGAAUAUUUACCUGAUGAAGUUGGAGACUUGGUUCACCUCAGGUAUUUGGGAUUGGCCAACUCAAAACUACAAGAGCUUCCAAAAACAUUAGCAAAUCUUCAAAAACUACAAACUUUAGAUAUAAGAUUCUGUAAUCUAAGUGCACUGCCUAUGGAGAUUCUGAAUUUUCAGCAGCUGAGACACCUUUUAAUGGAAAACGAAUUAUUGAGCAGAGCAGUAACAAUACCAAAUGGGAUUGGAAAGCUGGUGAAUCUUCACACUUGCACUGGUGUGUUUGCUGGAUGUGGAAUCUUCAACGAAUUCAGCAGUUUAACCCAGCUGCAAAAAUUUGGUGUUACGUGUGUGUCUGAAGAUCAUGCUAGUGAAGUAUUUGCAGCCAUAAUGAAGAUGAAAAAUCUUACCUCUCUGUCAUUAAGAUCAGACACAGAGGCCUGUGAGGGUACUUUUUUUCCUGAUAUGGAACAAUUUUCUCCUCCACCUCUCCUUCAGGAACUUCAUUUAGAUGGUCGCUUAUUCGAAAUGCCCCAAUGGCUUGCCUCCAUGGAGAACCUCACCACUCUUUUUUUAUCCUCUUCUUGUCUCUAUGAGAACCCAACUUCAGUCCUUCAGUUUCUUCCAAAACUACAAAUUCUAACUCUAUGGGAAGCCUACCAGAAAAAACUCAUUUGUAAAGAAUUUUGCAAUGCAGGUGGGUUCCCGGCGCUGCAAUCUCUUACCAUUGCUGCUAAGUAUCUAGUGGCGUGGACUGAGAUUGCAAAUGGUGCUUUUCCAAGUUUAAGGUGUCUCAGUUUUAACGAUUGCCCCAACUUGAUGUUUCUUCCUGAAGGUUUACAGAACAUUAAGACACUCGAAAGUCUGUAUUUGCGCAAAGUGCAUGAAGACCUUGUCAGGAGAUUGAUGAGUGUAGAGAAUUAUAAGGUAAAGCAUAUUUCUGAUCUGAAGUUUAAAUGAUAUCAGAGUACUUCAGAUUGAAAUCAGGCAAUGAAAAUAAAAAGGAAAAGAAAAAGAAAAAAAUCACUGAAGAGGAAAAUGUAUUCAUCUUGUGCUUGGUGGGUCUUUAAGCAUUGGUGAGUUUUUGGUGAAUACUAGGUGAAGAGAUCUGUAUGCAAUUAAACAAAGUGUUUGAUUAUGUUCUAGUGUUUGUAUUGCACUUGUAUUACCAAAAUAUGUUUGAGGGGCCUAAUCAAAUCAUUUGUGGUCAUUUUUAUC